AAUGUGAUGGGAAAUCGAUGGGUUCUCGCCACCAAGUAUAUCGCUGACGAUACGGUAGAGAGAGAGAGAGAGAGAGAGAGAGAGAGAGAGAGAGAGAGAGAGAGAGAGAGAGAGAGAGAGAGAGAGAGAGAGAGAGAGAGAGAGAGAGAGAGAGAGAGAGAGAGAGAAAGGAUGUCUCCUCAUACAAGGGUUUACACAUCUGCCCAAUCUCGACUACGACUUGACAUAUGCUCCAGUCGGCAACUACCCGAAGUACUAUGAUGACAGCAGUGGCAGAGUUU